CAAGAACUCAAAUACAACUGCCCUGCUGAUCAUGUCAUUAACGGCAUCUACAGCAUUUAUGACACUUCUACUCAAGACAGGAAGUGGAAUUUCCGGUGUUGCACUAACACAAAACUGAUCUCCUUUGAAUGUCGGGAAACAUCAAUGAUGAACUUCUUCGGAGAGCACUUCAGCUGGACUGUGCCUGGAGAGAACAUCCUGACUGGCGUCAGCACACAUGGCAAGAACGCUGACGGAGAUCAUCGCUGGAGUUACAGCUACUGCAGAGCGGUGAUCGUUGAUUCAGAGACGUCCACGUCAGAACUCUUUGCUGCAAACACAGCAGAUUCUCUCACUGAUGACGAUGUUGUCACAUCGACAAAGAAUUCACUGUCCUGUGAUGACUGUUUCUGGUCAAAUGUAAACGGACUGGUCCAAGUUCCAUACACAAUAAGUGACACCUUUACCAGCAAUGAAAAGACCGUCAUUGAAAAAGCCAUCAAUGAAUUCCAACUGAGCACAUGUGUGCGCUUCGUCCCUCGCACAAGUCAGAUCAACUACGUCAGCAUUGUGAAGAAAACCGGAUGUUGGUCAACGAUUGGUCGAAAGGGAGGGAUGCAGGAGUUAUCUCUCGGGGUGGGCUGCAUGUCAAAGGGCAUCAUUCAGCACGAGUUAAUGCACGCGCUCGGCAUCCAGCACGAGCAGAGUCGAUCCGACCGAGACAUCUACGUCAGGAUCAACUUGGACAAUGUCGACACUGCUUACCAAGAUAACUUUCGGCGUCUGGACACGGUCAACCUCAACGUCCCGUACGACUACUCGUCCUUGAUGCAUUACGGACGCAAAGACUUCUCAAACAACGGACAGGACACCGUCACACCUUUGCUCGCCUCAGCAUCCAUCGGCCAGAGGAUCGGUAUGACAGAGAAGGACUUUCUGAAGAUCAACAAGCUUUACAGCUGCAAGAACUACCUCCAUAAGAGCGGAGAGUGGGACAGUGAGGUGGGGCAGAGUUUCACUCGCCAGUGUCCCGAGGGCCAAGCUGUUUCCAGCAUCACCAGCGCCUACGUCAAAGCUAAACAAGAUCGACACUGGGGGGUCACGUGCAAGGCUUUCCAGAACACCAAGAUAUGCCGUUGGUCAGCUUAUGUGAACGAGUACUCGAAGGCC